AAAACAAAACCGCGUUACAUUAAUUAAAAUCUUUGAUUUGAAUUAAAUCACACAAUUAUCUCUUUUCUAUAUAUAUAUAUAUAUUAACCUCUUCAUCUUCAUCUUCACUAAACCGAACCAUUGGUAUUCUGAGAUUCUCUCUCUGGCAAAUCGUCGAACACUUAUGGGGUCCAAACAACCAUACCUAAACGGCGCCUACUACGGCCCAUCGAUUCCUCCACCUCCACCACCCAAAUCUCACCGCCGUUCAUACGACUCGCCAGGAAUCGGAUGCUGUUGCUUCAGCUGCAUCGGAAGCUGCAUCGGAAGCUGUCUACGCUGCUGUUGUUCAUGUAUCCUAAGCCUGAUCUGCAACAUCCUCAUAGCUGUAAGCGUAAUCCUCGGACUCGCCGCUCUUAUCCUCUGGCUCAUCUUCCGUCCAAACGCCGUCAAAUUCUACGUCUCCGACGCUAACCUGAACCAAUUCAGCCUCGAUCCAAACAACAAUCUACAUUACAAUCUCGAUCUCAAUUUCACAAUCCGUAACCCUAACCAACGAGUCGGGGUUUACUACGAUGAGAUCUCGAUUUCUGGAUACUACGGAGACCAGAGGUUUGGAUCUGUGAACGCGUCGUCGUUUUAUCAGGGGCAUAAGAACACGACGGUGAUCGGAGCUAAAAUGGAAGGACAGAAUCUGGUGGUGCUUGGAGACGGAGCGAGGUCGGAUCUGAAGGAAGAUGAGAAAUCUGGGAUUUAUCGGAUUGGUGCUAAGUUGAGGCUUAGUGUUAGGUUUAAGUUUUGGUUUGUUAAAUCGUGGAAGCUUAAACCGAAGAUGAAGUGUGAUGAUCUUAAGAUUCCUCUUCUUGGUGGUUCCUCUAACUCGACCGGAGGGUUUAAGUUUCAGCCAGUGCAGUGUGAGCUUGACUUGUCUUAGUCAAACUCUCCUAGUUUUAUGAUUUCUUUAUUGGAUUUAUAGUUUUUGGCAUUAGAAUUAUUGUGUUUUCUUUGAUUAAUUCAUAUGGAUAUUGGAUUUAUGUUGGAGUUGGAACUUCGAAGAUAUAUAUAUUCCAUAUGGCUUUAACUUUUA